UAUAUAUAUAUCUAUAUAUAUAUAUAAAAACUCUCGAGUUGAGUCAUACAUCAGAAAAACUGAUGCGUGUGUGCAUGUGUGUAUGUAUAUGGACAAAUGAUUCUGAAACGAUAGACAACGGUUUCAUAGUAUAAUAUACUAAGAAAGAGCCAAAACAUUCAAGGCUGGUUGCUGCUGCUCUGGUGCACAUUGAAAAAAAAAAAAAAAAAGAAGAGAAACGAAAAGAAAAGAAAAACAUAACAUAUGCAUACAUAUAUUUGUUUGUAAUAUGUCCGAGACGGAGUAUUAAGUUGCAACUGUUGCAGUUCAUUAUUGUCAUAAUAUUGAUUUAAAAACUUUAAGAAGAGAAGAAGAGUACAUUUUAACCGAGUAGGAAAUGGAAGACCUUUUUCUACUCAUUAUCAAAGAGUCAACCGGGACAAAGCACAAUGCCCUUCGACAAACAGCCCAAAUAGCUUAUGACAAACUGUACCGUCAACAUGGUAUACAUCGAGAUCCCUCACAUGAGCUAAGGUCUGUAUGCUUUAUAGCGCUACAAAUGGCUUUGGACACGAAGCGCCCAAAAUUUGUUACAAUGGGAUUAAAUGGUCUGCAUAGGAUAAUCAAAGACGAACGAUUUUAUAUUGGUUUAGAACCGGAAGAUGAUUCUGUUUGGCUACCGGCUCAACUUUUACGAGCCACUUCGGGAAUAUUACCUACUACGAAUAGUGAGGAUACCGUAGUAAAUGUUUUGCGUCUAUUUUUAGCAAUGGCUUGCUCACCUGCCUGUACACUAAACGGCCGAUUGCUUAUUGAAAUACUUUCACGUUGCGGCGAAUGCUGGGAGUUAGGUUCAAGAGCGAUAAAGGCUGCUUCAUUAGCGGCCGCUUCACAAUGCCUAAGAACGUUUUGCUCGUUUUUAAUAGAGGAAGCUGAAGAGGUAAAGAAGACCGCUCCAGCCGGAUUAAUGACACAAUCACAUGCUACCGCAGUAUAUAAUGAAGUUAUACCAGUAAUGCAAUGGCUAUGCAGUCGUCUUGUAGAACCAAAUGUUGGUGGUUCGCCUAACAAAAAAGUUGAAAAUACUGGUACACUCUAUUUAACGGAAUGCAUUCUAACAUUGACAUCAUCGUUGCCACGUAACGUGCACACAAAUCCUCAUUUUACUUCGUUUUUAUGGCAAAAGUUCUGUCCAACCUUAGCGGCAGCUUUAGGUUCCCCUAGCAGAGUAACUUUGGAUAAAAAAUUCACAUAUAAAGAUGCUCUUCAUAUAAUCGAAAAUGAAGCUCGUGGAUUUUUUACAGGACCCGGACUUGACGGUCCACGCGCACGUUGCGUUUACCUUACUAGUAUUCAACUGUUGCGUAUCGCUGGCGCCCAUGGAUCUCUAAGGCCGAUGCUCGAAGCUUUAUUUCAUCGCAUGUUAUUGCUGCCAUCAUCGUCAAACCGGACGGAGCCACUUAAGUGUGUACGUGAGAUAUUCAAAAGUCCCGAGCGCCUCAUUGAUUUGUCAGUAAUCCUAUAUGUAGACAAAACGACUCCCCAAAGCUGUAGUGAUGAAAUGGCUUUAUUUAGAUUAAUGAUCGAUGCCAUGGAAGAGUGUGCUUACAGUGUUAAUAAUGGGACUAACGCAGAAAGCAGUCUCCAAGCUAGUGUUGAGUGCAUGGUCGCUCUGUUGCAAAGUUUACAAGUGCUGUGCAGCGGUGAAUUAACCGAAUCCAUGAUUAGCAAUCAAAUUGUCGGUUUGGUCAAUAGUCGGUUUAUUCAGCUAAAAGAUGCGGAUUAUACCGGUCCUUUAACGUAUCAAUCUAUGGCUCGUCUACCGGCCCCCUAUCGAGAUGCGAUUGUAGAAUUUAGACAAAAUGUUUUCGAAACUUCUUCGAGUUCGGAAAGCGAUGGUGAUCAUCAUCCCGAAAACGAUGCUGUAUCGAAUGGAUCGGGCGAUACUGAAGGACCUGAAGAAGAGGAUCACUCAACGACCAGUGACGAUACUUCGCGGACGGAGCAAAAUCGUUGGCCAUAUUCUCAUUUGGACGCUCCCACCAUGCCCGUUCGAUCUGAUAUUGAUACAGAUCGUCAACAUGCCAGAGAUUUUGCUAAAGCGUUAUGCACGGAUCUCGUACCGAAACUUUUACGCUUACGAUCUACUAUUGAGGUGGACGAAGCUAUACAGGAGUUUGCAUCGGCUGUUUGCCAAGAAAAUAGCACAAACUUUUCGGAUUUCGAUAAUAAUUUAACUGCUAUAAACGCUGACGGCAUUUACUUGGCAGUAUACUCUGCUUUACUCUUGAGUUUGCAACUUAAAAAGGCCGGCUAUUAUGAAGAUAUGCAAAAGGAGAUUAUGAUACCGAUGUCAGAACAGCAAUUUGUUACCUCUGUUCAGAAUAGUGGAGUGUUAGUAUACCUUUCGUCCGCUUGGCUUUGCGAGCUGUAUCAAAGUGUUUUGAUUACAAAUAUUUUGGAAUCAGUAGAUGGCGAAUGCUUGCAAACUUGCAAUGUACGUUGUGCUCUUGUAGAUAUGCUAAACGAUUCCGGCGGUCUCGGCCCAACGCAGAUGCUGUCCGAAUGGCAGCGCCUACAAGCUGCAAGUGUAAAGUUUAACGAAGGCGAGCAGCCCAAUGAACGACGUGAAGCGGCUAAAAAGUUGAGUAGGCGCCUGUUAACUUGCUGUUGGGAAUCGAUGGUUAUGGUCUUAAGUUCUGGAUUAGAUGAACCGCAAACGUCUAAUUCUAGCAAAUUUGUUGCGUUAUCUAAACGCACGCUACGCGUUAAAACCAAAACUACAAAAUCAAAUGGCGAGGCAUUAUAUGCCCUUUGCUUGGAAGGACUUCAUUCAGCUGCAACUUUAAGUAAUUGUUUAAAUUUGCAACACUUGGCCGGGAAAAUCUUAAAUUUGUUAGCCUCAAAUGUGUGCCAGACGGGAGGGCCGCGAAUUUCAGCCAGCCAAGCUAUGUCAAUGGACGUUGUUUUAAGCGGAGGUUUACAUUUAGGUUCCUACAGUACAGAUUGCUGGCCGUCAAUUUUUGCCGUGUGUCGUCAUGUUAGUCAACUAGAACACGAUAUGUUUAGCACACAAAAUACUAGCGUACCAUCUUCCUCAUCGCCAGGAGGUAGCAGAGGCUUAGAGCCAAAUGACAAACUACAUUCAAGCAAUGGGCAAAAUGAGAAAUUUAAUGUAGACUCUAUACCAAUAGAUGACGAUGAAACUUGUGUGGACGUAUACAGUUUUUUACAAGCCCCAUUACGAAGUCCGAACACUAACAUCAGCUCAAUACUGAAAGCGUAUUCAGGCAUUAACGAAACCGUUCUUCUUAGUCCUGGAGAUACAGUCAAAGUGUUAUGUGCUCUCUCGCACCAAGCUGACAGUCUAUUUAGUGAUGCUGCUGAGAGACUGAGCUUACCUUCACUAUGCCAGUUUCUUAAAAAUUUAUGUAGAGCCUCACGCGAGCAGCUGUACAAAAACUCGGCAACACGAAAAGGAAGUAGAGCGUGGUGGCCAAGUAAAGGCUGGAGAAAACAUGAUUCUUUACCCAUGUCCCUUUUACUGCAUCGAAUUGGCGAUGUGACAUUAAAAGUGUUCCGCAGUGCCCGUCCUCUUUUACAUAUACUUAAAGUGUGGGCCAUAACGGGUCCACAUUUAAUGGAUGCUGCUUGCCACCGCGAUCGCGUUAUAUCCAAACGAUCUAUUGAAUACAUCCAUGAUAUAGUAACUGCAUUAUUAGUGGAACAAUCUGAAUUACCCUAUUUUCAUUUUAAUGAGGCCCUACUUAAACCCUUCGAAAACCUUCUAAAUAUGGACAGUUGCGAUGUCGAUGUUCAAGAUCAAAUUGUAGCUUGUCUAUAUGAAAUAGUUGAGGCUCAUCGCACAGAAAUACGGUCAGGAUGGCGACCACUUUUUGGCACAUUAAGGAAUGCACGCAGUCGGAUGCUUAACAUGAGCAAUAUAAUCGAUAUAUUUCGAGUGUUUUUGGAUUCAGAUAACAUUCUUGUUUUUGCUAACGCUGGCCUCGACUGUAUAUUGUGCUUAUUAUCUUAUUUGGAAGUACCGGGUGGUGGAAAUGGUGUUGCCGGUGGUGCCAGUGCAAAUGAUGAAGAGAAUAAUUUCAGACCCACAGACUUCCUACAUGAAACUUUAAGAUUUUUGGAACGUUGUUCUUCAAUUUUGGGAUUUAUGUACAAUAUGCCAAAAUGUCCAAACUUUCAUUCAACUUAUAAAAUCAAGGGAAUUUCCUACACUCACAUCAUAGAUGCGAACAUACCAAACUCUAUGGAAAAUUUCACUUAUUUUGGUAACGAUUAUCUGCAAACGAAAAGCGAACAGCACAUGAUUUCUUAUCGUUCUUUGCAUAUUGAUAAGGAAACUAUCGUAAAAAUAGAUGAAAUGGAUAAAGCGUCGGGAGUGCUAAAAGUGUGGUUUUUAUUGUUGGACGGAUUGACAAAUUCAUUGAUUGUUUGUCCAUAUUUACAUCAAGCACCGAUCUUACAGACCAUAUUUAAGCAUUUCAAAAACCUAUUAGGGAAUCCUGGAAUUGAAUUUGGAUUUUAUUGUAUUAAUCAUCUCUUGAUACCUAUGAUCCAAGACUGGCUCCGCUAUAUUAACAAAACGGGAGCGUCAUGGCAAUUUGUGGAAAAGAAUUUUAAGCACUGUUGCUGUAUGACCACAGAUUUGGUUGUAGAUUUCAUUAAGAUGUCUGUACCGGAGGUGCGAAAACAAGCUUGCAAUACCCGGACGAGGGUUACACAAAUAUUCCAGCCAACCGACAAUGUAUAUUCGAAAUUGAAAUUCGUAACCGAAUCAAUUGGAGAAAGGAACGGUCAAUAUGACAGCACCUCGUCCAGCGAAGAUAGCGCUCGCGAAUCCAAAGAGUCAACGACUAAAAUAUCAUAUUCUGCCACAUUAUCUUUAAAGCAACUACUUCUCGUGUUAAUAGAAUGUGCAGCGCAAGCACAAGAAGCUAUUGCUCGAGUUGGAGUAUCGUGCUUAAAGCAUGUAAUUCUCUCCACAGGAACAUUGUUUAAUGAAUAUCAAUGGAUGAUAGCGUGUUCAGCCAUUCAUAGAGCUUGCACUGUCACUAUCGCUCCUUUACGUCAGUUAUCUUUUGCUUUCCAUGAGAAGUCAAACAGUUUUUACGGUGAUUGCGCUAAUGUUAAAGUGGCUGCUCGUCGCGAUAGCACUACUGAUGAAUUGACACGAAUUUAUUCCUUAGCCCAACAAGUGUUCCUCUCCGAUAAUCAACGUGAUCCGACCUCCGCAAAACUCAGCAAUCACGUCGAUAAACGCUUAAGUGACGAUCGUAGUUACUCUUUUCUCUUGUAUCCACAAAAUAAUGGAUUUAAUUCGAAUCUGGAUAAUUUUGUUAUAAGAAUUCCUUUUAAAAAUCUCGUGGUGGGGCUUUUGGCGAACCAAAUGUUACUGCAACUUGUAGCAAAAUUAUUGUUGUCUCGCUUAAAGUGUGUACCGCAGGCAGUCUCCACUUGUAUAUUCGACAACUACAGCACCUCUACUCAACCUUCCUAUGAUUAUGAUUUAGAUUUUCGUUCUAAAGAGAUUUUAUUAAGAUGCUGUCUUCAAUUUUUAACAAGCGCCCUAGAAUUCGAUUCUCGUCCGGGACUUAAGUUCCUGAUGCAAAAAGUUGCUAAUAUCGAAUAUGCAGCGAAUUUGUAUAAGCAAAUGACUUCAUCAUGGAUGAUAUACUAUAUAGCUCUGGUCGAUUCCUAUUUGAAUGAUAUUGUUGUCUAUAAUUUAGGGGCCGAAGACCUUAAUUUUAUUUUAGAAUCCUGUUCGCGCCUGAAUACGACCACUGUAAAGAAAAAGGAAAAUUUUGUGCGAUACCUUUUUUGCCUGCAAGACGCAUGGAAUCUUGUUUGCGAAUUAUAUUUGAGUAAUUCAACGAUGCACGACAUUGAGAACGGACGUUUACGACCUACAGAAUUAGAAACGAAACACAUGCCUCAGAAGCUCAUUAAAUCGAUGUGUAUUAGUAUAAACGGGAACAGCGAAAAUGGUAAUUCCAGUAGUUACGCGGAAGCUAUGGAUGUAUCGCCAGAUAAAAAUCAUCAAGCACAAGAAGACGAGAACGUGACGAUGACUACGCUUAUAAGCGAGUAUGUACCAAAAAGCCGUAAUAAUCCAUUUGAUACAAAUCGUCCACAGAAAACAGAAACCGAAACUAUUUCGCCUGAGAUAGAACAGCAAAGGGCAACCAGCAUAUUGAAAGAUUCGAAUUAUAAGAGGGCUGCCUUGGCUCAGUUAGUGGUAGCAUCAAUGGAAUUACUUAGAUCAUUGCCAGCCGAGGCCGAAGAGAAUCUCAAAUUACUUAUGACACCAACAAUACGCGAAGCCUUUCGCCUGGUCCAGUUGCAAGGCAACGAAUUGAAAGUCAAUCAAUUUUAGGCAUGGCUUGUUGAGUUUUAUUUUGAUUUGUAAAAGCAGUACACAGAGACCAGAGAAACAGGAAACUGUAACAUGUGUGUUUCAACGAACCAAAACCAAAAUCCCCUCCACAAUCCACUACGUGCACCAUCCAUUUACUACAAUGUAGCCCAACGCCUAAUGCCGCCCACAACAAAUACCUGCUAAUAAUAUGCUUCAAAAGCGCAUUUAUACGUUAAUUCUUGUAUUCAGUUUCGCUUUAUUCUAUCUAUCUAUGUAGUUAUUAAAAUGAGAGUGUUUUUUAUAUCUAUCAAUCGAUCUAUCUAUCUAUCUAUC